AAAAUAAAUAAAUAAUCUUUGAAUGAAGAGUGGCAAUGAGUGUUCAGUUUGAAAGACAGACAUGAAAAGUACAGAGAUGACAAUCGUCCGAAGAAGACGAAGACUUCAAAACUUGGAACCAGUUCACUGUUCAAUCUUUUCGCUGUCGGUUAAAUAUGGCUUCAUCACAAAUCUCCAUCGAAUUUCAUUCCACGCCAUAGCAUUUCUGCACUCAAAAACUUACAAAAUUUGUUCCUGCUCUGUUCCUGUUGUGUCGGGGUAGCCGAUCGACGACAACCGAAGCUUCUCUUUUGGUUUCUUCCACUGCAAGCUAACUCUUCGCCAAAAUUUUGCUCCCUUGAGUUGCCUUCAAGUCACUUCAACCUCUUUUGGUUCGCUGUUAUCUGCUAUUUAUGGUUUCAAGUUGGUAAAAGAAUGUGGGAGAGUUUUGCUUACAAGAGCGUGAAGAUUGUAAUCUUCACAAAUAAACUCAACUUCCUUAUGCCUUUUGGGCCUCUAGCAAUUCUUGUGGAUAAGUUGGCUGGACACAAUAGUUGGGUCUUCUUCCUGAGUCUAUUGGGUAUCAUACCGUUGGCUGAGCGGUUAGGUUAUGCCACAGAGCAGCUAGCUUUUUACACUGGACAUACAGUGGGUGGUCUUCUAAAUGCUACUUUUGGAAAUGCAACAGAACUGAUUAUAUCAAUUUUUGCACUGAGAAGUCAAAUGAUACGUGUUGUUCAGCUAUCAUUGCUAGGCUCAAUUCUGUCGAACAUGUUGCUGGUACUUGGUUGUGCAUUCUUCUGUGGUGGGAUUGUUUUCUAUAAAAAGGAACAGACCUUUAACAAGGCAACUGCUGUUGUCAACUCAGGAUUGUUGUUAAUGGCUGUCAUGGGCCUGCUUUUUCCUGCUCUUCUCCACUAUACCCACAGUGAAGCCCAUUUUGGGAAGUCGGAAUUGGCACUCUCGAGAUUCAGCAGUUGCAUUAUGCUUCUGGCUUAUGCUGCUUAUCUUUUCUUCCAAUUGAAAAGUCACACGAAUCUUUAUUCUUCCGUUUGUGAGGAAGAAACUCAGAGUGAAGAAAGCUCAAGUGAAGAUGAAGCUCCUGAGAUCUCCAAGUGGGAAUCAAUUAUCUGGCUAUCAAUUUUGACUGCAUGGAUCUCUGUUCUAUCAAAAUAUUUGGUCGAUGCAAUCGAAAUUGCAUCUGAAUCAUUGAAAAUCCCAGUGUCGUUUAUCAGUGUUAUACUGCUUCCGAUUGUGGGGAAUGCUGCUGAACAUGCGAGCGCUAUUAUGUUUGCUAUGAAAGAUAAGCUUGAUAUUUCUCUGGGUGUAGCUAUUGGAUCAUCAACCCAGAUAUCUAUGUUUGGGAUUCCUUUCUGUGUGGCAACUGGGUGGAUUAUGGGACAACCAAUGGACUUGAACUUUCAACUCUUCGAGACGGCAACACUCUUUAUAACUGUAAUAGUCGUAGCUUUCUUGCUUCAGGAAGGAACUUCAAAUUACUUCAAAGGACUGAUGCUUAUCCUUUGUUAUCUGAUAGUUGCAGCUAGUUUUUUCGUGCAUGUCGAUCCUCCUUUAUCCAGUUAAGAAUGAAUUGGCGAAUUUGAAAGCGUAGCGGAAGCAGAAGGGCUUUCUCCAUGAAAACAACUUAGCUCAAAGAUUGACCAUACAUGACUAAAAGGGACGGAAGAUUUACUUGAAGAAAAUGCUUUGAAGUUUUGUUACAAUGCUAGAGGUACUGUAAGUACCCAAGCAGCGCUGCUCUAACUUGGGCUUCUUAUUUUUAGGAGGAAACUUAAGUCUGUGUAAUUUGAUUGUAAAUAUUGGUCAUUUCCAGAUCCUAGAUCUACAGCUUUUGUGAAUAAGAAUGUGUCUUUUUUAUUACAA